GGUGUGGUCUUCACAAGAACAAUGAAACCAGUGCUUAGAAGUUUCUUGAACGCGUACUUAGAAGUUCAAUUUUGUGAAAAUUGUAUAUUGUAAACGCUUAAAUUUUGUGAAAAAUUCAGUCCGUAAAAUUCCAGUUGUCCACAGGUCAGAAACAGGCCAGGUCCGGGUCCACAGGUACCCGGCCUGACCUGGCCCAUUGCCAUCCCUAAUUUAGUGAUUUUUUUUAACAAAUAGACAAAUGAGCAGAUUUGCAUAACACAGGGGUUUGGUGCACGGGCACAGCGAAUCUGAUUCACAGCAAAGGCAGAGCCCUCAGUCCCCCAAUUUCGAUUCUCAUCAGUGUUUGCCCUAAAAAUCAAAUUGCAGCUGCUUCUUUUGAGGAGAACACAUGCCCAAGUACAGAGAUGAGCCUCCCGCGGUUCGCGUUUACGCAGUUUGCGAUGAGUCCAAAUACCUAAUUGUGAGGAAUGUUCCCUCACUGGGUUGUGGUGAUGAGCUCUUGAAGCUUUUCUCCACUUAUGGCAAAGUUGACGAAUGUAAGCCGAUGGAUGCUGAGGACUGUGAGGCGUACACUGAUGUUUACUGGAUCAAGUUCCAUCAGGUCAACAAUUCCAGAUUUGCCAAAAGGAAGUUAGACGAGUCUGUUUUUCUUGGAAACAGAUUAAAAGUGUCAUAUGCGCCUGAAUAUGAGAGCUUAUCCGAUACAAAAGAGAAGCUAGAAGGGCGGAGGAAGGAAGUUGUAGCACGACUAAACUCUAAAAGAUAUAAAGGAGGUCCUUCAGAUUACACUCCUUCAGUUUCCACUCCUUUGCCCAAGGAUGCAUUUCCACCAUCGCGUUCCUUAGUUUCAAGGCAGUCGAGUGAGUCACAAGCUGCUGCAAGUGGACAUACAUCCUCUGACCUAUCUGCUUCCUCUCAUAAGGAAUAUUUCCCCUCCAAGUCUAUGAAUCAAACGGUUCAUUUGGUGAGAGAGAAACUUAAGAUCACACAGAAGCUGGUUCUUCCAAAAGGACGCGCGUCGACAAUAGAAGAAGAAUUUAAGUUGGUCAUAAAAAACGGUACACAACUUCUUCAGACUAGUUUCCGAACCACAUUGAGAUGUAGUUCAGUGUGCUGUCAAGUCCAAGAACAAGAUUCCCCUACACCUGACCUAUUCAAGAAAAUGCAGUGGUUGCUUAGAUUUGUUUUGCUUCCGAAUAACCUUUCUGUGUAGUGGUUUUGUUGCAAUUAUUCCCUAUUAUGGUAAGAGAAUUUUACCGGUCAUUGUUGUCUUUGUGAGUGAAAUAUGACAUGACCAGCUGGAUUUUCAUUUUGGCAUUUGAUCAAACUGUAAAUAUUUCAGCAUACCGUUUGUUGAUAGAGUCAUGCGAGACUUCAGUUUCUUUCUUAGUCGAUGCAUUGUGAGCAAAGAAUGUAUUGAUCUUUGUCAUGCCAAACAUGAACAUGACAGGAUAAUAUUAUUGAGCCUAAAAUUCAAG